CAGACAGGUGCCAAAGGAACAGACACUUAGGACACAGUGAUGUCAUCCCAGGCAACAACCCAGCCCCGAAUGUAUGAAACCGUACUCAAUCCUUACCCGCCAAACAGCAUCAUGGCUCCUGGCUUUCAACAACCUGUGGGUUUCAUACACCUGGGAAACCAAGCUCAGAGUGGCCAGCCUCCCUUCCUCGGGUCUCCAGGAAUCAUCACCAACAGUCAUCAAGGUCAAGGAAAUACACAGGUGGUAAACCCAGCCAUAGGAACAGCAAUCACAAACUUUAGAGAAGAAGCAAAGAUAUUAGGGGCAAUCCAGAUCAUGAUUGGAUUGAUGCACAUUGGUUUCGGAACUAUCUUGGGCUUCAUGUACUCCGUUUAUGGAUCAGUUUUGGGAUUUGCUUCCCUUGCUCUUAUUAGUGGAUAUCCGUUCUGGGGUGGCAUCUCUUUCAUUACUACGGGUACUCUCUCUAUACUGGCAUCCAAGAAGCUUUCUCCUAGUCUGAUCAAAAGCAGCUUAGGAAUGAACAUUGUCAGUACUUUCUUUGCCUUCAUUGGAGUGAUUCUGCUGCUGGUGGAUGUGAGCAUCAAUGGCCUACCCAACCAAGACUACUGGGCAGUUCUUUCUGGGAAAGGAAUUGCAGCCAUGCUGAUUAUCUUCUCUGUCUUGGAAUUCUGCACAAAUUGCACUACAGCCUAUUUUGCCAAACGAGCCAUCACCAAAACCAACAGGCCUGUCCUGGUUAUUCCCAACGUGUAUACAGUCAGUCCUUUGGAACGAGGGGUUUUCUCAGCUCCUCCCAGAAAUGAUGGCCACCUCACUCAUGCCACUUAA